GUAGCUCCCCCAGCAGUUCGAUCAUGAUUGCCUGUUCGAUCAGUGGUGUGGUGUGUCAACACUGCUGGUAGAAGCAGAAGCCCGAUGAACCCAAUGUGUUGAGCUCGGUCCAGCUGCAGUAUAUGCAAAUUUUCUGAUGCCAGGUAUAUCCAAGGAGCUAGCUGUGUGUGAGUGAUGGACUCUAUGCUCCAGCAAGUUGUGGGACAAGGGGACAAACUGCAUUCUUGGUGUCUCCAAUUCCUUGCCAAGAAACCUCAUGAAGUCAUGAUAAAUCCCCGCCAUCACACAACCAAAGCAACUGCAAGCUAGCUUCAACCAAGACAUCUUGCAAUGGCAUUCAACUACUCCAUUGUGUUCCUGGUGCUUGCUCUCUCAGCGCCACUGGCUGUCCUGGGCGGCGACCCAGACAUCCUCACCGACUACAUCAUCCCGGCUAACGCCAACAUCACCGGCAACUUCUUCACCUACACCGGCUUCCGCGCCGCCAUGAACAUGACCAUGCCGAUGCCGAUGCCCAACUUCAUGGUGACCAAGGCCACCAUGGUGGAGUUCCCGGCGCUCAACGGCCAGGGCGUCUCCUACGCCAUGCUCAUGUUCCCGCCGGACUCCGUGAACCCCACGCACACCCACCCGCGCUCCGCCGAGCUGCUGCUCGUCCUCGACGGUGCGCUCUCCGUCGGCUUCGUCGACACGGCCAACAAGCUCUACACCCAGGACCUGGCCGCCGGCGACAUCUUCGUGUUCCCCAAGGGCAUGGUGCACUGGCAGUUCAACCGGGGGACCGAGCCCACCACCGCGCUCUCGGCGUUCGGGAGCGCGGCAGCCGGGGUCGUGUCGGUCCCUGUCACCGUGUUCGGCACCGGCAUCGACGACGCCGUCCUCGCCAAGUCGUUCAAGACUGACGUGCCGACGAUCCAGAAGCUCAAGGCAGGCCUAGCUCCCAAGGCUUAAGUCACACUAGUGUUCUUGAAAAUUUUCACUUUUGGUAUUGCUUGUUCAAAUAACAGUACUAUCAGGGAAACGU